UUCUAACUUAUGCUUUCAAGAAUGAGUCCCAUGUUCCUGUCACUCCUCCUAGUUUUGUUAUCAUGGAUCAUCACCUUUCCAGUAUCCCCAACAGUUGGAUCAUUAGCCAAGCCAGGAUGCAGCGAUACUUGUGGGAAUAUUCGCAUUCCCUAUCCAUUUGGAAUAGGUCCUGGUUGCUCUCUGAACGAAUCAUACACCAUAAUCUGCACUUCUUCCAAGCCGUAUCUAAGCAAUCUCAACCUGGAGGUGCUGAACGUGUCGUUGCGACGCCAAACAGUAACUGUAAGCACGACAGUAACUCCAUUUUGCAGCUCUGGAAACCAAGCAAGUGCCAUCAGCAGCUGGAGAUCGAAUAGUUCAGAUCUCGGGGGCGCCCCUUUCUUCUACUCGAAAAUAUACAACUACUUGGUGAUUUUUGGCUGCGGAAAUGCUGUCCUGAUUAACCAAAACGACAAGAUUUUAUCAGGUUGUACUUCAACCUGUGAAUUCAACAGCCCUGCACAAGCAAUUGACACCAGUUCUUGCUAUGGUGUCAAUUGUUGUGAAACAACCAUUCCCUUCUAUCUUUCCAAAUACCAUUUGAACUUUACAGCUUCAAGAUUCAGUCUUGGGGGAACUGGAAACUGCUCUUCCGUGUUCUUGGCAGACCAAAACUGGUCACCGGAGAAAUUUUUGGAAUCCACGCAAUCAGUUCCGGUUGUUUUGGCUUGGACUCUAGGAAGAAAUGAUGUCCAGGCCAUUUAUCCCUGCGCGUAUGGGACGGACUAUCUAGAGCUGGAGUCUGGUGGAUAUCUUGCAAAUUUUAUGUGUUCAACCUGCGAAUUCGGCAGAACUGGCCCUCAAGAGAUCAACCCCUAUCUACAAGAUCAAUGUCGCACAAGAUUCAUUGUGGACCCGGGGAGGAGAAACUUGAAAGCGGCUCUUAUUGGUGUUUUCGCUGGCGUAGGCGUCUUAAUUUUCAUAGCUAUCAGUUUUACCUCGUACAAACUAGUAAAAAGGAGGAGGGACAAAAUGAUCAAAGAAAAAUUUUUCAAAAGAAAUGGUGGACUUUUAUUACAGCAGCAGCUAUCUGCUGAUGAUAGGGUUAUCAACAAAACAAGGAUUUUCACUGCUAAAGACUUGGACAAGGCCACUGAUCACUUCAAUGAAAAUCGAGUGCUCGGUCGAGGAGGGCAAGGUACAGUCUACAAAGGGAUGCUAGCAGAUGGAAAUCUUGCAGCAAUAAAGAAGUCUAAGAAGGUUGAUGAAAGCCAACUGGGGGAAUUUAUUAACGAGGUUGUCAUUCUGUCACAAGUCAAUCAUAGGAAUGUGGUGAAAUUACUAGGUUGUUGUUUGGAGACAGAAGUUCCUAUACUGGUGUAUGAAUUAAUCCCGAAUGGAACCCUCUUCAGACUCAUUCACAAUGAGAAUGAUGAUGAGUUCCCCUUCACUUGGAGCUUGAGAUUAAGAAUGGCAGCAGAAGUAGCAGGGGCAUUGGCUUAUCUACACUCCGCCACUUCUGUUCCUAUUUAUCACAGGGAUAUCAAGUCCAGCAACAUACUCUUGGACGAAAAGUACGUAGCCAAAGUGUCUGAUUUUGGAACUUCGAGGUCUGUUUCGAUUGAUAAAACUCACUUUACUACUAUGGUGAAAGGGACUUUUGGCUAUUUGGAUCCCGCGUACUUUCAAUCAAGCCAGUUUACGGAGAAAAGUGAUGUUUACAGCUUUGGGGUUGUUCUGGUCGAACUCUUGACAAGAAAAAAGCCGGUAUCAUCAGAAUUAGAAGAAGAUAGUCACUUGAGCUUGGCAACAAGGUUUUUGAUAACAAUGGAUGAAAAUCGUCUCAACAGCAUUCUCGAUCCUGAACUUCAAGAUCAGAGGACUGAAGAAGAAGUUGUUGCUGUUGCUAAACUUGCUCAAAGAUGCCUUAACUUGAAUGGGAAGAAAAGGCCCACUAUGAAGGAAGUAGCCACUGAGUUAGACAGCAUCAAAAUGUCAGCAAAUCAGUCAACUAAUCAAGCAAAUUAUGAAAGCCAAGGAUUCAAGAAGGAAGGCUCUAAAUCAGUUGCAUUUUCUGAUAAUUAUCCUUCGUGGACAAGUACAGGAACCAAUUGCAUCACCUUAAGUUCAGCGGCCUAGCCAGAUACAAACACAUUUUGAUUAUACAUCAAAUCUUGGUCCUUGAUCAGUUUUACAUCUUUCCACAUAUUUCCCAUUCAUAACAUUAGUGUCACUAAAGUUUGAUAUAUACAUGUUUAGGUUUGGCGUCAACAGUUGCUUAGGAUGGCUUCAUUUUCAAUAGUUAUAGUUAUACCUGACAAUUGAACAGGUUGGGUGA